AUGCAUUGUGGGCCUCCCGACAUGGUCUGCGAGACGAAGAUCGUGGCCGCGGAGGACCAUGAGGCGCUGCCGGGGGCCAAGAAGGACGUGCUCGCCGCCGGCGCCAUGUGGCCCCCGCUGCCCGCCGCACCGGGGCCGGCCGCCGCGCCACCGCCCGCGCCGGGUCCCCAGCCUCUCGGCGGCGCGGGGGGCGCGGGGCCGCCCGGGGGGCGCGGCGUGUGCAUCCGCGAGUUCCGCGCAGCCGAGCAGGAGGCGGCGCGCCGCAUCUUCUACGACGGCAUCUUGGAGCGCAUCCCCAACACGGCCUUCCGCGGCCUGCGGCAGCACCCGCGCACACAGCUGCUCUACGCCCUGCUGGCCGUACUCUGCUUUGCUGUGACCCGCUCGCUGCUGCUGACGUGCCUGAUGCCGGUUGGGCUGCUCGCCCUGCGUUAUUACUACAGUCGCAAGGUGAUCCUGGCGUACCUGGAGUGUGCUCUGCACACAGACAUGGCCGACAUUGAGCAGUACUACAUGAAGCCACCUGGCUCCUGCUUCUGGGUGGCUGUGCUGGAUGGCAACGUGGUGGGCAUUGUGGCCGCGAGGGCCCACGAGGAGGACAACACGGUGGAGCUGCUGCGCAUGUCUGUGGACUCGCGCUUCCGCGGCAAGGGCAUCGCCAAGGCGCUGGGCCGGAAGGUGCUGGAGUUCGCCGUGGUGCACAACUUCUCUGCAGUGGUGUUAGGCACCACCGCCGUCAAGGUGGCUGCCCACAAGCUCUACGAGUCACUGGGCUUCAGACACAUGGGUGCGAGUGACCACUAUGUGCUUCCUGGCAUGACCCUCUCGCUGGCCGAGCGCCUCUUCUUCCAGGUCCGCUACCACCGCUACCGCCUGCAGCUGCGCGAGGAGUGACUGCCACCACCCGCCCGCCACCCCAUCUGCCCCCGUCUGCCUGUGCCCACCUGCCCACCGCCCGGCGUGGCCCUGCUUUCAGACGCUC